GUAUUUUGUCCGCACAGAACGACGACAGCACCACAACAACACAACACACAAUCAAUUUUGUGUACUAGUGCAAAAGUAUUACAAAAUAACAACACGAAGAAAAGUUGCAAGCAAAUUAAAAGGCCAAGCAAAUAAAAUUGCAAUUUUUGUUAUUUUUCGACGGGUUAUUUUUUUUGUUGUUUUUGUGUUGUAGUUGGCUGCACGGGCAGCAGCAGUAGAAACUGAGAAGAAAAGUGAAAUCGAUUAAUAAACGCAAUAGGCAGCAGCAGCAACAACAACAAGACUUGAUGCAAAUAUAACAAAGAGUGGAUCAAAGUUAAAAGUAAUACAGGCGAAAAAUAAAAACAAAACGCAACAGCAAAGCAGAGAUUUAAUUUUUAAUGUCGCAGUUAAUUUGUGUGCUAGCAAGAAGCAGCAGCAAAAACAACAACAAUACCAGCAGCAGCACUACCAACAACAACAACUUCAGCAGCAGCUGAGGUAGAAGCUGAACGCAAAACAAAAAACGAAAACGAAGAGCAAAGAAAAGAAAAGAACGUACGACGCAGCCGUCGCAGCCUGCCUCUCUCUGCUGAUUGUGUGUUUGUGUGUGCGUGGGAGCGAGCGAGGCAGCAGCAGCAGCAACAAAGGAGAACAGCGCUACGACGUUUUUGUUGUUCUUUGCUUCUUUUUUGUUUUUUUUGACACAAUUCAAACAAACGCAUACGUGAGCGGGAGCUUUGCACUUCAAAGUUUGUUUCUAAGCUCGACUUUGUGUUUGCAGUCUGCGUGUGUGUGUGUGGGCGUCAACAGUCGCCAACAGCAAACGAUUGGGCGGAGGGCGUGUCAAUAUUGACGCAAGCAGCGCAGCCACCCAAAAAAAAGCAGAAAAAAAAUACGCAAGACGCAGUUUGUUUGUUGCCAGCCAAAAAAAAAAAACCAAAACAAUUUACUGUUGCUGCUGCUGCCGAAUGCAACAACAAUAAUAAGAAGAAGAAGAUAGAACAAACCAACAUCCAACAACAACAAAGAAUAGGACGCUAGCAAAACAACAAAAACAAGGGGAAAACGACAACAGCUGAAAACAUAUGAUUUUUGUUUGUGUUGUUGUUUUUGUGCUCUCCGCUUCGUCUGUGCUUCUCUGCUGAGUCGACCUCAACAGCAACAACAACAAAGUCAAAGCUGUGGAACGAGUGGAACAGGAACGAGUUAAACGAGUCUCACACAGCGCUCUCUGUGAGUGUGUGUGCGUACUGUUGUUGUUGUUGCUGCUGCUGCCUACCAACCAAUUCUCAACUGUUUCUUGACGUCGUAACAACACCGCAAGCAGCAGCAGCGCCAAGUGUUGACAACAGCUGGGCAGCAACGCAGGCAGCGCAGCAGCAGCAGCGCUUAAGUUCUACACACAGACAGGCAGUCUGUCUCCAGCGCUCUCUCUCGCUCUCACUAUCACUAUCCUCGCCCCCCGCACACCAUCUGUCUGUCUCUCGCGCGCUCUCGCUCAAUCGGUUUGCGAGAGACAAGACGAGACGAGACGCGACGGACGUCCGUCGGAUCUGUGUGUAAGCUGUUAAAGGCUAAGCGGAUCACAUACAUAUAAUGUCAGCGGACUCGCCACGCCGUCAUCAUCAUAAUCAUCAUUCAUCUGGCGUUGGCGUUGGCGGCAGCAGCGGCAGUGGCAGCGGAGGCAGCGGCAUCGGCGGCAGCAGCGGCAGCGGUGGUGGCAUGGGAUUACGCGGUGGCAUGGCAAUGCCAGCAAUUGUGCCCCCACAAGCAGUUAGCGAUCGUUCCAUAUUGGAUUCGGCAAUUGGUUUCAUCAACGAUGUGACGCUUGUGCAUCAACCCGUUCAGGAUCCCAAGGAUACCAUCACCUGGGCACGUUUCGAGACCAGCGCCGAUGUGAGUGAUCCACGUUUUGGCGAUGAUUGGGAACUGGAGGGAAAUGCCGCACCGCCCUUGCUCCUCAUCCUUGGCUAUGGUCUUGGCGUUCAGGUCUGGGCCAUACCCGCCAAUGGUGAGGCUGUUGAGGUCUUAUCCUGGCGCCAUGGCGUUGUCACCGCCCUACGUGUUCUGCCCACGCCGGCAACGGCGGCCAGCGCCCUCGAUGACAAUGGACGCGCCGACGAGCCGGUGGAUGCCUUUGCCGAGAAGCGUCCUUUGGUUGCUCUCGUUGAUGGUGGCAGCGCUGCGGCUAGCCAUUUAUUAUCUGGUGGCAGCGGUGCUGGUGGUGGUGGUGGUCACAUCUCUGGUGGCUCAAAUUCAUCUGGCGGUGGCAUUGGCAAUCCCUCGACUGCCUCCUCCCACUUUAGUGCCGUCAAUUUUGUCUCAUUGAAGACGGGCGCCCAGGUGAAGACCAUUAAAUUCAAGAAUCCGGUGCUAGACAUUCAAGCCAAUCGAUCAGCGGUCGUCAUAAGCUUCCACGAGCGGCUUGCUGUCUUUGAUGCCCGCACGCUGGAGGAUCGUCUAACAAUUACUACCUGCUUUCCCAGUCCGGGCAUUAAUCCCAAUCCCAUUGCGCUUGGUCCACGCUGGCUGGCGUAUGCGGAACACAAAUUGUUGCACUCAAAGCGAAGCGGCGGCGGUUGCGAUGGCGAAGGUGUUCCCAGUUACACGGCAACGGUGCUAAAUGCAGCCAAAUCCUUUGGCAAGGGUCUGCGUGAGCUGGGGGAGCAGGUGGCGGCAGGCUUAACAGGUGCCAGUGCCGGCAGCGGCAACAGCUCCAAAAGCAGCAGCUUCGAUUCGGCAACAGGUGGUGCAGAUGCCAAACAAUCGGGUGUGGUUACCAUUAUAGAUGUCAAGCAUCCCAUUAGGGAUUACAGUCCAACGACGGGCACACCGCUGACAUCGACUGGCGGCCAUGUGGGCGGUGAUCCAAUUGUUGCUCACUUUGUGGCACACAGCGAGGCAUUGGUGGCCAUGGAGUUCGAUAGCUCUGGCAUGUUACUGCUGACGGCGGAUCGACGGGGUCAUGACUUUCAUGUGUUUCGCAUACAACCGCAUCCAGUUGGCUCCAGUCUGGCGGCCGUUCAUCAUUUGUAUGUGCUGCAUCGUGGCGACACCAGCGCCAAGGUGCAACAUAUUGCCUUCUCGCUGGACUCACGCUGGGCGGCCGUAUCCACGCUGCGUGGCACCACCCACGUCUUCCCCAUCACGCCCUACGGCGGCGCCAUGGGCGUACGCACACACACCUCCCUGCAUGUGGUGAAUAAGCUGUCACGGUUCCAUCGCAGCGCCGGUCUUGGCGCCGACGGUCGCUCCAGUUCACCCAUAUCGCAUUCGGAGAGCACAACAUUUGUGCAAUCACUGCAGCCGUAUCAUAAUCCAACAUUACCACCAUUUCCACGACCCGCUGUCGUUCAACCGCUUGCCCAGCUGCGUCAGCCAUUUACAUUGGGCUCGCCACCGGGUAGCGCCUCCCUGGGCGGCGGCAGUGGUGGUUCUGGUGUUGGCGGCUCUGGCGGCGGUGUUGGCUCCCAUCAACGUCAGCGCUUGUCCUCGCUAUCGGAUGACAGCGGUAAACCGUUGAGCGUUUGCGCCACCUUUGCCAAAUCAAGAUCCUGGCUACUGGAGCCACCGACAGCGACUCGUGAGGCACCGCAUCGUGUCCAGCGUAAGGCUGUCGACUCGCUGUUCGUGAUGGCCGGUCAUGGUGCACUCAUACAGUACGAUCUGGACACGAAGCUAGCCUCAAAUGUUGCCAAAGAGAAGAUUUGUGAUGAUACGCCCAUUGAGUUGGAGGUGGAGGCGAAGGCACAGUGGAAUCUGGGCCGACGCAAGGAUGGAUCUCAAGAAAUAAUACCACCGCUGGCGCUGGACAAUUGGCUGAUCAAGGAUCGUCAUGCCAGCCUCCUUAUGGAUAGCGCUCAUCAUUUUGAUGAGCCGGAUGAGCGUGCCGAGAGCUGGUUAGCCCAGGUCGAAAUAAUCACACACGCUGGACCCCAUCGUCGUCUCUGGAUGGGACCGCAGUUCGUUUUCAAGAACUAUAAUACGCCCAGCGGUUCCAAUUUAAACCACGUGGAUGCCGAGGCUGUGGAAAUUGGUGUGACCAAGACAACAACCACACCGUUGCCCUCAACGGCCGCAUCAUCAUCGGGUGCAUCGUUGACGCCAAGUGGCGCCAUCAUUGCCGCCGUUGAGCGUUCCAGUCCACUGAAUAUGCCCCUUAGUGCAGCUGCCGGCACUGGAGCAACUGUCACAACAACUGGACGUUCCGGAGUGCCGGUGCUCAUUGAAUCCGGUUCGUAUAGCAGCAUUGAGCAGAGUCCCAAGCUGAUGGAUCGCUUUCGUCAUGGACAUUUGGAUUCGGAUUAUGGACAUGGCGAUAUGCGUCUAAAGGAGGAUCUGGCCGAUGCCAUGCGAGAGUCACCAUCAACGGCAGCUGCGCGUCGUGAAACGGGCGUUGCACAACAACGUUGCAGUCCCAUGGAUGUGGCAGGUGUUGAGGCAAGCACAGCUGCCACAGCAAAUGUGGCAAGUGCCACAACAUGCGACAAUGCCUGCUAUUAUGAUGCAUUGGCGGAGCAUGAUGCUGAGCUAGACAACGAUGAUGCACUGCAGCGGGAGCAACAACAACAACAACAACAGCAACAACAGCAGCUGCAGGAGAUGCAAAUGCCACUAAAGCGUUCCCAUAAUGAUGCCACAAUCUCAGCCUUGGCCUCCGUGUUGCCCAACAUCUGUAGCUACGAACAGGCAACAACAACAAUGGCAACAAGAAUUGAGAAAAUUGUGAAUCCUUUGGGCACAGUAACCGAUGUCAAUGCGGGCAUUAGUGGUGAAUUUCAAACGGAUAUGCUGGACGAAGUGGUGGGCCAAUUGUCGGCCGAGGAUUGUGUCAUCCAUGAGAAUUGCGAUGAGGCGCUAUUUCGUCCCGUUGUUGCCAUAUUCAGUGACGAGCUGGCCGAGCAGCGCAAACAUGAAUUGCAAUUGCAGCAAAUGGAUGAGGCAACAGCGAGUCGGCAACGUGCCGCACACGAGGAGCAUACAAAGCCACCGGUGGUGUUGGCCAACAAAUUGAUAGUGCCCGUCAUUGCCAAGGAGGUGGACGAGGUGAUCAUACAGAAAGAGAAGCAGGCCAAAAAGAAAUCAUUGCAAUCUCAAGCAGCUGCCGAGGAUGCGGCACAAGCAUUAAGAUUUGCCGAAUUGUCGCAUCUGAAUAAGCCAAGUAAACAACAACAGCAACAACAACAACAGCCACAGCAAAUUAACAAAACUGCCAGCCAGUUGAAGCAAACAACAACAACACAAACAACAACAACAACAACUGCCAGCGAGGAUGAAACGCUUGAGGAUGAGCUGCAAACAUCUGUGAGUUCCACAUUAUCCACAAAAUCCAAUAAAAAAACAAAGCAAAAGCAGCAACAAAAGCAGAGCAACAAGAAAGACAAGAAGCAGCAGCAACAACAACCACAACAACAACAACCACAUCAACAACAACCACAACAACAACAGCAACAGUCGGAAAAGGAGAAUGAUAAUGAUAAUGAUAAGCAGCAGCAGCCAGAGAAAGAGAAAGAGUUGGAUGCGGCGGAUAGUUUGCUGGAGAACAAGGAUGCCAUUGCUGCGGUGAUGAUGAGCAGCGCCAGCGCCCAAGGAUUGUGUCUGCAUGUGGAGCAGCAGCACAGCGAAAAGGAGCAGCCAAAGGAAAAUGAGCGAAAAAAGCAGCAGGAAAAGGAAAACUUCAAAGAAAAGCAACAGCAAAUCGAGCUGGAGGAGCAAAAGCAAAAGCAAAAGGAAAAGGAAAAGGCCAAGCAAAAGGAGCUGGAAAAGCUAAAAGAAAAGGAAAAUGAAAAAGAAAAGCGCAAGGAGCAGCAGGAAGUGAAGGAAAAGUGCAAGGAAAUGCCAAGGCAAAAGGAGCUGCAAGAAAAACAGCUAACAAAGGAGCAACAAAAACAGCUGGAGCAGCCAAAGUCAAAGGAGCAGCAAACAUGGCAACUGGAGACGCAGCCGACAGAGAAGCUGACAAAAAAUAAACCAAUUAAACUGCCAGCGGAAGCGCAGCAAGAGGAAGUUCAAUGUGCAAAGCUGGGCAAGGGAAAACCACUCAGACAGCAGGAGGAAGCGGCACAAGAGAUAGCCAAACCACUGAAGCUGGGCAAGAGUAAAGUAGAAGAGCAGCAGGAGCAGCAGGAGCAACAGGAGCAGCAGCAGCAGCAGGCAAACAAAGCCAAGAGUAAAGACAACUUGCAGGCGGAUUGCUUGCGCAGCUACAGCGUCAAGGUGCUAGAGAUGCCAGCAACAACUCCAGCGCCAACUCCAGCAGCUGCCAAUGUGUGGAAGAGUCUUGAGAGUGCGGUGCCAGAGUCAACCACAAGUGAUUUUCCCAGUCUAGGCCUAACCAGUCGCAAAACGGAGAAACUGCUGCCAGGUUUGCUAAUGCCAACAGCUGGCAAGCAGCAGGAAAGGGAAAAGGAGAAGCAGCAGCAGCAGAAGGAGCAAAGGGAAACAAGCAAUUUUGAUGAUUUUCUGUUGAGCGCAUUGCGACCAUUGGAGGCAUUGGAUGCAUUGCCACCGCUGCCAGCAUUGGAGCCACUGCAAGUGCUCGAUGCUGAUGCUGAUGAUGAGAGAGCGGUAAUAACUGGCGCCAGCGCUGAGAGUCUCAUCAAUUUUGAGAGUCCGCUGCAGGAGAAUGUGGCCAUGCCGCGUAAGAUAACGCCACCACCGCGUGGUUUCACCGAACAGAACCUGAUCCUGGCGCUGUGUGGUUCCUUGCACUAUGAAAAUGAAUAUGCACAGCUCUUGAGCAGAUCAAUGGAAGCCGCCGCUGCAGCAGAGGAGCAUGUGGUUAGAACGGAUUCCAGGCACAAAUCAACAUCCACAUCGAACAAUUCAUCGGGUUCCGAGGAGUUGCUGCUCAUGGAGGAGCCCAAAAAGCUAAGCAAGAAACAUAAGCGUGCCAAGCAGCAACAACAGCAACAGCAACAACAACAACUGAAGAAGCAAGAGCAGGAUGAGGAUGAGGAGCUGCGUCCAUUGAUAAGCAUAAGCAUGUGUGAAUCACAGCUGGAGAAGACACAAAUGCCAGACCAAGAUGAUGAUGAUGUGGAUGCGGAUGUGGAUGCUGAUGAUGACAAUGCUGAUGAGUUGGAACGCAAUCAAACACUGCCCGAGGAUUUGCUGCAUUUUGUGGCACCACAUUCCGGCACCACCACAGACAGCGAGGGUCCCGUGCCGGCAACCACAUCCGAUGAUAAUAUUAAUUACGGCAGCGAUUUAAGCAUAUUGCCACAUGUUGCUGCUGGCGCUGCUGCUGCUGCUGCUGCUGGUCACAAGCUCAAGACCAAGAAGCUGGAGCAUAAAAUCAAUUUAAUUGCCGCCAUUGAGGCAGCCACCUCAUCAUCCACAUCCUCGGCGGAGGAGAGCAGCGUGGAGACCAACAGCAACAGCAACACAGCUGUGACUGUGGCAGCCACAGCCACAGUGGCAACAACAACAACAACAACAACAACAGCCGCAACAACUGCAGUUGCAACAGCAACAGCAACAAAUGCUGCACAACAGCGCCACCUAGCGCAACAAACAUGCAGACACACAACACAACUAACACACACACAACCAACUCUCUGUCUCUCUCCCACACACACUCCCACUCUCUUUAGCAACGUUGCUCAAUUUGCUCCCAAAAAUGGCAAACAACAACAACGUCGACACAGCUGAUAAAUAAUUGAUAAGAAAACAAUCCCAUGUCAACACACACAGCAAUUGCGCUGCUUCGAGUCGAGGCGCUGAACACAAUUCAUUUGUUCUAGCUGUCUUUUUCGUACACAAUUUGGCUGCCAAAUUCGUCUUUAUAGCCACAAUUUCUGGCGUGCGACAACAGCAAAACGGAAAAUGUUUAUAAACAAAAGGAAAGGAAAAAAAAAACAUAUGUGAUUAUCAACAAAAACAAAAAAAAAUAAAAAUAUAUACGCGUAUUUAGUAGUUCGUUUAAACUAAAAUGGAAAAUGCAAAAAAAAAAAAACAAAAAAACUAUGGCUAACAAUUUUUAAGUGCAAAGUUA